CUCGUAAAGUUCUGACACUGUUGAAAAAAAAUAAAAGUAAUGUUCAAAAUAGUUAUAUGGUUGUGGUUUUUAAAAACACUUAUAUUUAGGAAAGCACACACAGAAUGUUGAAGGAUCAAACACGUUUGUAAGGGCUAACCUGGGGCAGUGAUCUUACACAAAAGUGUAUUAAAAAAAACUGGAAAGAAUAGGAAGAAAUGAAGUUAAUAUUUGCACAUGUCAUUCUAUUGUUAAUCUUCAAUGCAAAUGGACAGAUAGAACAUAAUUUAUUCGGAGACUCAAAUGGACAACAUGUAUUAUUUGAACUUCCCGACGUUUUCCAACCUCCAAAACAGCAUCAAAGUAACAAAGUAAGUGAUGACUACGCCCAUACUAUAUAUGAUUUGUUUGGCAAUGACGAGGACAGUGAUGACCAGGUUAUAUAUGCCCCUGGUGUUGCAGCCUUUAUACGACCAGCCAGGUUAAUUGCACAUGAGAAGAAUACAAUAACAACUCAUACAACAGAAUUAAAAUCAACAAUAGGACAAGUUGAAUCUAAAGUAGUUCAUUCGGAGGAAUUUUCCACUAAUACACGAUCUAAGCCAAGAAUUGAUCCUCAAAAUGUGAAAAAGUUUGGAUUACCGGAAGUUAGUAUGAUUGAUAAUCUUUUCAACCUAGCCGAUAACACAAAGCACAACUUUCCAGCAAUUCAGUCCGAGAGAAAUAACGAAUUGAUGCAACCAUUGGAUAACACAUUAUAUAAUAGCGAUUUAAAUCCUAAUAGAAAAAACAACUGGAGAGAAAGCUUUGAAAAACGAAAAUGGAUUCAAGAAUUACAAGAGGCGAGAAAAAAACAAAUAGAAUUUCAGGAGAAACAGACGAAAACUCCAUUUGGACUUUCACCUUCACAAGAGCUUGUUCAACAAAUUAAUAAGAAGCCUUUUAUGGAGACUAAGAAAAUUGACAGAGCCGCGCAAGAAAAACAAAUUAUAGAUAUGAUCACACAAGGGUUACACCCAUUGCAGGAAAUGAUAAUGGACGAAACAAAACAAAGAACACAAAAGGCAACAGGUGAAGAAUCAAUAAGUGAAGUACGGGGUUUACAUUCUCUUCAAGCAUAUUCUAAACCUGAGUCGUUGGAUUUUAGUCUUUUUAACACUGAUUUGAAAAGACCUGUUGGUUCACAUUAUCUCUCUUCUUCUGCUAGCAAUUUCCUUAAAACAAUGAAUGACUUGAGACCGAGCGCAGGAGUGCAAACCAUACAUAGUGAUUAUGGUUCAUCAAAUAAUUAUGGCUCUCAAAGUAAAAACGAAUAUGGAUUACUACAGGAUUACAAACAGUUUGUAAACAAACUUCCAGCAACGGACUACUUACCGACUAAAAUAAAGGAACCAAUAUUCCACAUGUUUUCUACAGAUAAUAUUGCGUCCCCCCAAACAUCACUUACUUUCCCUUCAAAAUCGUCUGAUAAAUUUGGACUUCGGCAUGGCAUAAACAACCAUCAUAACAUUCUGGACUACUUCACUGGUUCAGAAAUUGGAAAUAACAAUCAUGGCUUAAUAUCAUUUGAAAGUAAACCAAAAGAAACUGUUUCUAGUGAUUUUAUUUCACCUCCAAUUCAAUUACCUAAACCAAUUCGUCAAACAUAUUUUGAUGGUAGGGAUUAUCCUGGGGUCAUUUCAAGUAAAAACACAGUUACACAAGGCCCACUUUUACAAGAUAAGUUUCCGAUUGACAUAAGUAGUCUUCCAACUCUGGAGCUAACGGCACAUUAUUUGCCGGUUGCAAUAGUUAAAGCAAAAAAUUCAAAGAAUUCUAGGGUACAGUUACCUGCUAUUUCAAUUCCUAGAAUAAAUCGACCAAACUCAGUUCAAUCAAACGCUCUACUUCCCUGGGUGAGUAAUAUACUGCUUCCUUCAUUAUCUCUUAAUAAGCUAACAGAAAAAAAUAUUAAGGAAACAGCAUCGUUUUUGAAUAUGCAUGGCCAACUAGUAGAUACAGUGACAGAAACAAAAUCUCGCAAACAGUUUAACUUCACACAACGAUUUAAACCAUUAGUAAGAGCUUUGCUUGCAGCACCAAUAAGGGCUGCACAAAGAUCACCAGGGAUGGUUCCAUUACUAGUUAGUAGAUCACGGACGAUUCCAAUCGGUGAAACACGAGGGAAAAGAAGGAGACAAAAUCCAAAUUUAAGACGACGACGGCCCUUAUCGAAUCAAAGAACUGGUAGCUUACAACCAUGGAGACAACGAUGGGGGCAAUCACAACGAUCGUUGGUACCAGUCAAUCUCAGACAAUGAAUUCCUACCCUGUUUGAUAAAUCAGUUUGGUGUUUGUGUAAUA